AUGAAAUCUGCAGUCAAGCGCCACCCCACCGCCGUGACGACGGGCGAGGUCAUCGUUCCUGUGCGAUUUGGCAUGAUCCCCAGCACACACUUGGGUGUCUUUGCCGAGGCCAGUGGGUACCCAUACUACCGCGAUUUUGCUCUGCACAGAGCUGACGGAGUUUGCGCUUCUUUCACUGGCAGUUGUGAAUCCGCAGAUUCCGGAGGAGGUUGGGCUCAUCAUGCCGCUCAUCUACUCGCCGCUGUUUCAAACGAGCGACGAACGACGCAGUACACCGUCUCCAUAUGGAGGUAUCUUCCGUUUUGCACGCGGAUCCGUCGCCCUCAUGUUUCUUGCCUCGAUGAUAGACCACUUGUCCAGCCAAGACCAAUCCAGCCAAGACCCACCUCCCUGGACCACCCGGUGGCGCACACCCCCCCCCCCCCCCCCGCCGAUCGCACCAACUUGA